UGAUACCGGAAAUGUUCGCGCGUAUCAUAUGAUUCGCUCUUGCUUGUGGGCAGAUAUGGCCAAAUAACUCACCGACUUCUGUUUUCACCGGGUGUGUUUCUUUUUAAGGAAGAAAACGAAGAAACUACCUUUUUAUUCACAGGAGACUGAAGAAAAUGCAGAACGUGAUAAACACGGUGAAAGGAACGGCGCUCGGUGUGGCCGAGUUUCUCACUCCUGUGCUGAAGGAAUCCAAAUUUAAAGAGACUGGAGUCAUUACACCAGAAGAGUUUGUAGCAGCUGGAGACCACUUGGUUCACCAUUGUCCCACAUGGAAAUGGGCCACAGGAGAAGAGGUCAAGGUGAAGCCAUAUUUGCCCCAGGAUAAACAGUUUCUCCUGACACGCAAUGUUCCCUGUUACAAGCGUUGUAAACAGAUGGAAUAUUCAGACGAGCUGGAAGCCAUCAUAGAGGAGGACGAUGGAGACGGAGGAUGGGUGGACACUUACCACAACUCAGGUGUGCUGGGAGUCACAGAUGCUGUACGAGAAAUUUCAUUGGACAACAACAAGGACAAGAAUAUGAAUGCUAAGUCUGCAGCAUGCUGUGCUGCUGCUGGGGACAAUGAUGAAGAUGAUGAUGAGGAUGAAGAAGCAGCAGAUAUGGAAGAAUACGAGGAAAGUGGCCUGUUGGAAACAGAUGAGGCGACGCUGGACACCAGUAAAAUAGUAGACACUAAAACCAAAGCAGAGCCUGGUAGUGAGGAUGCCAUCCUUCAGACUAGAACCUAUGACCUCUACAUCACAUAUGAUAAAUACUACCAGACCCCUCGACUCUGGUUGUUUGGAUAUGAUGAAGACAGGCAACCACUGACAGUAGAACAGAUGUACGAGGACAUUAGCCAGGACCACGUGAAGAAGACGGUCACCAUCGAGAACCACCCCCACCUCCCUCCACCUGCCAUGUGCUCCGUCCACCCCUGCAGACAUGCUGAAGUGAUGAAGAAGAUCAUUGAGACUGUGGCAGAAGGAGGAGGAGAGCUGGGCGUGCAUAUGUAUCUUCUGAUUUUCCUCAAGUUUGUUCAGGCGGUCAUUCCCACAAUAGAAUACGACUACACGAGACACUUCACCAUGUAGCUUCAUCUGUGUUCAGCUUCAGCUGUUACAACAUCUGCAUAAUGGGGAAAAAGAUGGGGGUUUGUGCGUGGGCUGCUCAUCCUGCAACCACUGUGUGGAGUGUUUGUAUUACUCUGAGACUCUUUGUGCAGGACAUGGGGAAUGUUAAAGGUAUGUGACAAAAUAUGUCUGUUAAAGAAAGCGUCUCACAGUUUGGGACACAGUCUUGUUUUCCAUGAAACCCAGUCUUAUAAGAAGAAGUAACAUCAGUUUGCAAGAUGUUUUUUUGUUUCAUCUGAUAGUCUUGCAUUGUACCUUUUUAUUUAACAUAUAUGUAACAUGUUAUAAAAACAACAUAUGUCAGAAUUUGAAUUGAAUUUUGUUUUUUUAUUCCCACUUGUGACGAAGCUAAUCAGGAUAACAACAUAACUCUGUGCAAGGCACACUGAGUUAAUGAAACUCAUCUGACUAUGGAAUAAUGUCUACAGAUGAGGCUGUGUCCCAACACAUGGACUGUAUGUCUUACGGUUCUUUACACUUUUAAUGGGAUAGUUCAGGUUUUUUUUAAGUGUGGUUGUGAUGUGAUGGGUUAUGACACUGUGUGCAGAUAACUAACCAUAGGUCAUUGUUUUUAGCUCAUGGGAACACAGGAGCUGUGAGCUGCCGGUCGACUGCUGUCUGGUUUGGUAAAUUUGUGUCACUUGGGUAAAUGUGAAUGAAGAUUUACAAACAACAAAGUUGUUCAAAUAACACAUUUGAACUUGAUUUUGAUUUUGGCAGCAGUGGAUCAGCAACUCCUUUGAGCUGUAAGUUAAAAUGACUGAUUUUCUCCAUGGACCUUGGUGCUGGGGAGUGUGUGGUUUACAAAGCCUCACAAACUUCAAUUUCCAGUUGGAAAAGGCUGUCUAUAGUAAUGGCAAGUUAAAGCAACAAACAUUUUCUAGACUUAAGCAGAAAUAGAGUUUAUUAGACGAGCCAGUUCUUAAUUGGCUAAAAUCUGGUAGCCGUGUCAGCGACUAUGUGCCAUGACUUCAUUCAAGCUCACUUCAAAAACCCAAAACGAUCCCUUUAAUGCCAUGACCACAAUGUGUUUAGAUCUCACCAGGUUCUUGUUAAGGAGAUCAUAAACCUCAGCCAUUCCUCACUGCCCCUCUGCUCCCUAUUCCAGAGUUUGGUUCAGAAAGUGAAUUAACCUCCCUGAGUUGUUAGGAAUUACUGUAGAUUAGAAAUGGCCCGUUUUAAGUACAGACAUAAGCAUUAACUGUCAUGUGUCCAAAUGAUGAAUGUAAGUCUAGUACUGAUUUUCCUUGUAGCUUUUGUCUGGUCCGGUGUUUGGCGGCUGAGCAGGUAGUAUAUGGUGGUUCUUUACAUGAGGUUUGAAAAAACAAAAAAUAACUGUAACAUUGUCAUCAUGUUUGCCCCUUUCUUGUACAACUAUGAAAGCAUUCAGAAAGAUGUGUUUCAAACCGCUGGGUGUGGGCAACUGGGAAAAAAUGUGUAUCAUUUAUUGUAACUUACAGCAGCAUUGAUUAAAUAUUCUUGAAUUAAUGACACAAUGACAAUGAUAAUUUCAUGUCACAUAUUAUUCUGACCAAAUUAAUUAUAAUUCAGGUUAUUAUUGCGAUCAUUGUAAAAAUCUGCUUUAAAUUCAAAAUAGCUCUACAACAUUUAACUUUAGAUUUUUGCAAAAAGCAAAUUUCUUUUGGCAACACUGAUGAGAUACAUAUUUUUUUGCAAGUAUUUUUAAGUCAAAAAUAAGACAAAAGUGAAAAGAUGCAGGCUCCCCCUUGUGGCACUUUAAAUAAAUCACUCGGAAUGUAUAUUGUAUAGUAUGUAGUGUGUACGGAAUGGGAUUAUUUUAGAUUAAUUAAUUAAACACAAUAAAAGGCACUCACAUUAAGUUGAUUGAAAUUAAUUUUUAUUUUCGGUAUAAUAGCAAAUGGGGAAAAUUGUUACUAUUUCAUUUAAGUGGCUAAAAUAUCUGUCGUAUUUGUGAUGCAGUUUGAGAACAAAAUAUAAAGUGAUUUCAAUUUGUUUUUAAGAUUUAAAAGAAUAUUUAUUGCAAUUGUAUCAUGAAUCUCAAUUAUUUUGGUUAAGAUAGUCAUGACAUGAAAUAUUAAUCAUUCCAUGUCGACUUAUAUGAAAUAUAAUAUAGGAUUUUCAUCAUUCACAAUUAUCCUGAUAAUGAAAAUUUAACUCACUCAUGGUAAAAAUAUGAAUCGUCUCAUGCCUACAUACAGUAUUGUUGCCAUGCUUUAUAGCUUGUAUUCAGAAGGCACUCAUGGCUGAACCUCAUGAUUAUGAAUCGGCUCUUAUCAUGCCGAUUUUGUCUUAUACUUAAAUCUCUGAAUAUGUUGACUUCUUUCUUUUCAUUCACGUAUGAUUCUUGUGGUCACCGUAUGAGCUGUAUUUCAUUUCCAGCUGUGAAUCGUCUUCCUUCCUCUGCAGCUUGUGUCCAAACAUUGAGACAUUUCUUCUGCAUCAGCUCUGCUUGUACAAAUGUGAUGCGAUCGAUGCACACUCUUUGUUAAAGGUUGUCUGUGACCUCAAACAGAAUUUGUAUCAUUACAGUGACAUUACUCAACUAAACUGAACUCUAAGCUUCAGUGCUUCCUGCUUUAGUUUUGCUGUUGUCUGUCGAUGGAAUUUAACCGUUUUCUCUGUACUACCUGUUGCUCUAGUGUCCUGAUGUAACACGCUCAGUGGUGACACCUGAACAUUUUAAAGAAAUGCACAUUUAUCAAUAAAGAGUUUCCCAAAUAUUGCAAGCAGAA